AAAUUCCACAAACGACGUCAUUAGCCAGAAGAAUAUAACGAGACUAUCAAUCAUUUGAUAAUGUAGAGACGCCCAAUAUCAUAGAUUCAUUGCGGUUAAGACAAAAAAAAAAUGAAACUUGUAAAAGAAGUGUAUUACAAUGGAAUUGGCAUAUUUAAUUAGUUUUCUACAGAAACUAUAGGAGAGCCAAAACCAGAACAGAGCAGACAUGCCGACAAUUAAAACUUUCACACACACACAAAUUUGCGUCCAAAGACAUAUUUAUGGCUUACGCUAUCUAAGUUUAGAUAUUUUAACUAUAUGAUAUUGUAUAAUAUUAUAUAUAGUUUAGAUUUAUCGUCAGUUGAUUAAUCACAAAUCAUAAUACCACAUUAUUUUAUUCCGACUGUAUAAAAAUAAAAACUACUAGUGUAAAAUAAUAUUGAUAUACACACAUACAACUUUAUUUAAAUCAAGUUGUUGUUGUGUGUCAUGGAGGCAGGUCCAUAGCUGUUUCGUUCUACACCUUCUUUGUCAUUUCAAUAUUCAAGUUUUUGUUAAUUUAAUGUUAUUGACUAAUUAACCAACAAUCCGAUAUAUUAAAAUUUAUAUAGCUAUCUAUCUAUAUAUAUAAAUAACCCAACCGCCGCAGUAUUAUUCCACGGCAUACAAAUUAUUUUUGUCCAAAUUACACAUAUCUCAAAAAGGAUCAAAUAUUUCCUCAAUCGUUUCUAAUUUCUUCUUUAUUUUGGUUUCUAUUUUGAAUGGUGAGAGAUUCAAUGGAGAUUACUCAAUAUCAAAGUUUUAAUGAAGGUUCGAGUUCUAGGGUUUCCAUGAACAAGAAUUCACAAGUAAUAUCCAAGAUCAAACCCAAGAUUCGCAUAAUCCAUAUAUUCGCACCGGAGGUCAUCAAGACCGACGUCAAGAACUUCCGUUCACUCGUCCAGAGUCUAACCGGGAAACCGGCACCGGGAGAGGCCAAAACCGGUAAAAAGAGAGCCAAAUCGAGAAUUCCGACGUCCCAAGAACCGGUUGGCGAAAAUCAUCAGCCGGUCAACAGGCUUUCGGGUUUCACCGGUUUACUAGCAAACGGAGGAAACCAUCAGGUGAAAGAAGAAUGGGGAUCAGGUGAUCAGAGUACUUCAAACACAAGCACUUACUUUGAUCUAGAAGGUUUGAUUCAAGAUGUCGGAGAAGAUUACUUCACCUCCUUUCCCAUGAGAUCCUCUUCUUCUUCACAAGUCGAAGGUUUCAUCUUCAACAACAACACCAACACCAACACCAACUUCGAUACAAAAGCUCACAAUUCGUCCUAAUUAAUAACAGUUUAAUUUCUAGGGUUUUCAGGCUUUUUGAUUCUGCAAAUCGCAUUGUUUUUGGUGAGAUCUCAUCGCAAUGAUAAGGUCAUAUUUUGUGGGGGAAAAGGCAUAGAAGUAUGAGAAACUUAAACUUUUGGUGGACUGACUUUGCCAAGGUUGAGAGUUGUGAUGAAGAGUUUAAUCUACUUGCAGCCCUUCUAGGACAAGUGGCUGUAUCUAAUUAAGAUGUCGUCGGUAAAAAAGCCCUAGCUGUUUUUAAUAUGUAACUUCAUUGAUAUGCUA